AUGGAAAAUGAUUACAAAACUAAACUGAAGAGCAAGAAUUCUGAACUCGAGCAGGCGAAUGCAAAGAUACAAACUCUUCUUGCCAGUAUGGAGCAGUUACAGUCCUCAAGUAAUGGAAAGGAUGACAAGAUUGGAAUAUUAAUAAGUAAAGUUGCUAAGAUGGAGGCUGAUUCAAACAAGUUCAAGGAGGAAAUUUCGAAACUUUCGAAGGAGUUGGAAACAUUAAGAAAUUCCACAAGCACUUCGUCUACUCCUGUUUUGAACCGGUGUACAACAAGAACUAGAGGCAAGAGUAGUGUUAAUGUAACUGUGAAGAAAGAUUCGUCGUCUGCACAACGUCCUCAUCCUUCAAAGGACACCAAAAAGGGGAGCGGCAGUACAAAGAGAGACGCAGAUGAUGUUAUAACCAUUACCGAGACUCCAAAGUUGUUCUCAUCCAGAUUUAAAGUACCCAAGUUGAAGAAUGCAUCAUCACCCGGUGUAAGAUAAUCCAACUGCGUUUUCCUAACGGCGAUUGUCACACUGUAUUUCAUGUGGAGUUGUUCAGUUUUAGCUUGUCUUGUGUUCUCCUAGAGUUCCUUGCUUUUGUGUAAAUUAUGUGUCAAUUCUAACAUGUAGUAAGAUAUAUGAUUGGAUCUGUCAAGCAUCUUAACAGUUUUAGCUUUUGGCUUGUAAAAUGAUCCUAGGCAUCUAUGUGGUGUUAUCUUACACAUAUAUCCUGUAAAUUUUGACAAUUUUUUUUUCUUUUUUAUCAGCGGGAAUUUGAUUCUUAGUAGACUUAUCUAUUUUUUCCUUUAUAGCA